GUACACAUGUAACACUGUCACAAUUUUAGCUCAACAGAAGUUGCUGAUUUUGAGUCCUGUUUGGUAAGUGAUUGAGCCCCACACUGUGAGUUGUCGUAACGAUCAGUCAGAGCCACGAUGGACAGGAAAUGGCUCAAGCCUCUACUUCUUCCUCCCACAUGCUUAUCACCCCCCUCGUGGGCUUUCUCACAAUUUUUGUCCGUUUAGCAUCUCUCUUCAUCCCUUCUAGAACUAUCUAACCCCCCGUCGUUAGGUUGCUCCGCCUAUCGUCCUCCUGAACCCCUUGCCUCAUGCUGGAAACUCCCCUCUCUUCAAAUAGUAUCUCAGUGAGCGCGACAUGGUGUCGGCAGGCCAAAUGUGGGGAAUCUCCGUGCUCUUGUCUCUGACUUUGGGAUGGACGCGAGCCCAGCAGAACAAUUAUACCAGGCCUGUCUUCCACUGCGGCGGCUCACUUGUUGCAGAUUCAGGGUUCGUCGGCAGCGAGGGCUUCCCGAGCCAUUAUAAACCCAACAGCAAAUGCACCUGGACCAUCACAGUCCCGGAGGAGAAAGUGGUUAUGCUCACCUUCCGCAUUUUUGACCUGGAGGCGGACUCACAAUGCCGUUAUGACUACCUGGAUGUUUACAACGGCAAAUCCGACACGGUGCAGAAACUGGGCCGUUUCUGCGGAACCUUCCGCCCCGGUGCUCUUAUUUCCACCACCAACACUAUGAUGUUAGAAAUGGUCACGGAUGAGGAGACCCAUGGUAGAGGCUUUGUGGCUUACUUCAGUGGCACCCAGCCAUAUGCUGAGGAUCAGCAGUUCUGUGGGGGGAAGACAACAAAGUCCCAGGGGGAGAUCAUGACCCCAAACUGGCCCAACAAGAAAUAUCCGGCAGGAACCAGCUGCUCUUGGCUCAUCACUGUGGAGCUGGAUAAGGUAAUCCAGGUUAAAUUUGAUAAAUUUGUCUUGGAGUCGGACACCUACUGCCGUUUUGACUAUGUGGCCUUCUUUAAUGGUGGAGAAAGAGACGACUCACGCCUGAUUGGAAAAUAUUGUGGCGAUCAAGCCCCACAGACCAUAAUUACCACCGGCAACGUGCUCCUGGUACAGUUUGUGUCCGACCUCAGCGUGACAUCUGACGGGUUCGUGGCCACCUACACGAGCAUCCCCCGUGGCGCCGACCCGUCGGUAGCGCGCAGCGCCGGCGCCGGCGCCGAUGGCAGGUCUCCUCCAGCAAGGCCUGCCCUCAAACCUGCUUUACGUGUAGUCCCGACUACCGCGGCACUGCCGCCUGUUACCUCGACCAAAUAUGUACGCCCUCCUGCACCCGAACCAACUGAGCCAACCAAACCUGUCAGGCCAAGUCAUGGACGUGGGGCGGGCACCUCAGGUCAGGACGGGAGAGUGGUGAAUGCGAGACCAAAUGGGGGACGGCCUGUCGCUCAGAAUCCACUCUGUGCCAAAGUGUGCAAAAGAGAUGGAACCAUCAAGCCCAGUUUCUGUGCCAGUGAAUUUGUGAUAACAGGGAAGGUGACCUCGCUGGCCCCAGGUCCUCGGGGCACGCUGCUCGUCGGGGUUUCUCUCAUUAAAACCUACAAAGCCGGGCGGCUAACAAUCACACAAGUGGGAGAGUCCAUGUCUGUUCGAUUGGUGUCACAAUGCAGGAAGUGCCCGUUGCUCCGCAGAGGUGCAAACUACAUCAUCAUGGGUCAAGUCGAUGAGGAUGGCCGUGGCAGCCUUCAACCCGGCGCUUUCACAGCGCUGUACAAAGCCCCGCAUCACAAAUUGUUGACAAACAUCAACAACCAGCCAUGUUAAUGAAACAAAUCUGCCCUAAACACGAUAACGUAAGUCCCAUUUGGAAUACACAAUCUGUAUGAGGUGAUCAUGUCUUGGGAAAAACAGUAAUUUUAUAACCCAAUUUAAGAAACACAAAUCCUUCAACAUUGCCUAUAAUUUAUAUAUGAAUAAAGGAUUUUUAUAUCUCA